AGUAUCUUCAAAGGAGCGGAGAAGGCGUACACCAUCUGACGAUGAUAGAAGGAUCCGUCGUCGAUCGGGUUCGCGCGAACGUCGUCGCCGUUCUCGUUCUAGGUCCUACGAUCGCUUCAGACGACGAAGAAGUAGAACACCAAGGCGCAGCAGAACUCCUAGAAGAAGUCGAACUCCGAGACGCAGCCGAUCAAGAUCUCCAUGGGGAGUGAGGCGGCGUUCUCCCAUUCCUGCCCGUCGUCUACCAGGACCUGAGCGCCGCGAUGUACUUUCACAACUUAGCAUGCCCUUCGAACCGCGACGCUCGCCGCCACGAGACGCACAGAUGGACUUGACAACCGAGGAGCGAGACGAACGUACAAUCUUCAUUCUACAGCUUGCUCGUCAAACACGUCCUCGGGAUUUGGAGGAGUUUUUCUCAAGCGUUGGGCACGUUCGAGAUGUUAGGAUUAUCACUGAUACAAAAACUAGACGUUCAAAAGGCAUUGCAUAUGUAGAGUUUUGGGAGCGUGAAGCUGUUCCAUUGGCGAUGGGUUUGAAUAAUCAAAAACUCAAUGGUGCCCCAUUGAUAAUCCAAAUGUCUUUGGCUGAGAGAAAUAGGGUGGCAACUAAUGUUACAGCAACUACUAUAGGACUUGGUCUUGGACUAUCUACGGGUCCUAUAAAAAUUCGAGUUGGCAAUUUACAUCCAAAUAUAACAGAUGAAAUGCUUGGCGCCAUUUUCGAGCCAUUUGGAAGGGAUCCAACGGAUAUUACGUGUAAUACUGGAUUUGUUAUUUUUCGUCAUGGCGAAGAAGGAAAAAGAGCUAUGGAACAAUUAAACGGAUUCGAACUUGCUGGCCGAAGUAUUCGUGUCUCAACAGUUGAAGAGAAUGAGCCCUCAACUACAAUUAUUAAACAAGAAGAACAGCCAACAGUUUCAAUCAAACAAGAAAAUGUACAAGUUGAUGAAACAAAUUCAUCAUCUCGAUUACAAUUAAUUGCGAAUUUAGCAAAAGGUCGUUCAGAUGUUGAAGUUCCCAAAGUUACUCAAGAAGCAAUUGCUGCCCAACAAGCACAUAAACAAAAUGCUGAUAAUAUUCCUUCUUUUGCUACUCAAUGUUUUAUGCUCUCAAAUAUGUUUGAUUUAGCUAAAGAAACAGAACCAGGAUGGGAUUUAGAUAUUCGUGAUGACGUUGUUGAAGAAUGUAGAAAUCAUGGAGGUUGUGUUCAUGUAUAUGUUGAUAAAGCUUCCCAACAAGGAAAUGUUUAUGUAAAAUGCCCAACUGUAGCUAUUGCACACAAGUCUGUGGUUGCACUACACGGUCGUUGGUUCGCAGGUAAAGUGAUUACUGCAAAUUAUGUCCCUGUAACAUCCUACCACGAACUUUUUCCUGAUGCGAGAACAUCGAGCGCUAUUUUACAACCAAGGCCCUCUUAA